CGUGGACUAAAGAUAGAGCUGGGCAAUGUGCAGCAGCCUUAAUGGAAGAGAGGGACGGGCACGGACCAUCGGGCGGAUGAUGCGCGCAGUGGGCUGCCCGCUGUUACCUUACAGGUCGUUCGAACCUUACCCUCAGUGCCACAUUACAUUGCAUUACGAUCUUCCGCCUUUAUCAACCACCCACUUGUUCAUCCAGCGAUUCUUUCUGUCUGCCUCUGCUACAGACGGCAACGUACUCAAUCAGCUCCACGGACAGCCUUGAUCACACAACAUCCAUCACGAUGGAGUUCGGACAAAGAGGCGUCUUGAAUGAAGAUGGAAUCCACGUCGAUAUGGAUAGGUUAAAGAAGGGCGAGGUCAACCUUGGCACCUCCAUCAUGGCAGUCACAUUCAAGGAUGGUGUCAUUUUAGGCGCUGAUUCCAGAACCACGACCGGAUCAUACAUUGCGAACCGAGUAACAGACAAGCUUACACAAGUCGCCGAUACUAUUUGGUGUUGCCGAUCCGGUUCAGCUGCAGACACACAAGCCGUCGCCGAUAUUGUACAGUAUCAGCUCGGCCUGUUUCACAUGCGCAACGGAAAGCCCCCGACAACGCAGACGGCCGCCUCCAUCUUCCAAGAGAUCUGCUACUCCAACAAGGACCGGUUGAGUGCUGGUCUUAUUAUCGCUGGCUGGGACGAGCGACACGGUGGUCAAGUGUACUCCAUUCCUCUCGGUGGCUCACUACAUAAGCAAUCGUACGCAAUUGGUGGUUCAGGUUCCACAUACAUCUACGGUUACUGCGACAACCAUUGGAAGGAGGGCAUGAACGAGGAGGAUGCUGUCAGCUUCGUGAAGGGUGCUCUUUCAGAGGCCAUCAAGUGGGACGGUAGCUCAGGCGGUGUCAUUCGCAUGGUCGUCCUGACCAAGAAGGGUGCAGACAGACAUCUAUACCUGCCUGACGAGCAGUACCAGGUCAAGCACUAGAUAGAGACCGAGUACCUGGCUGGCAACCAUCACGAGAUAAAUGUGUAUAAUAUCUGCAGGUGCUGCCUGAAAGAGCUACGUGUGGUGGCUGGGAUGGCAAGUGGCGCGCCGGCGUUUGGGAUAUCAUAACUCAAGACAAGAUCGCAAUGUGUUCCGUAUGAUUUAUGACAACGCACCAUUUUGACCUGCAGUAUACAAGCUUGGUGUGCAGCACCAUCCGGCGGUGAAGAUACACGGCAACAAAUCACCGCAUGGCAUUAGGGUGGUGCUGCCGGUCCGACACGCAUAUAAUUCCUAUUAUGGCAUCCCAUACUGGAAACAAUAGAUUAGCCCUCUCAAGAUUUGAAACAACUACUGCGCUCCGUGCCGCCCCCCGGUCUCUCUAGACCAGAGGA